CAUAGAAAACGUCAACCCAAGUUUCUCGGAGUGUGUCCGGUAUUUUAGCAGAUCUUGCAAAAUUAUCCCCUCUCAUAAAACCAUUUAAAGAAAAAAAUCAUGUAAUACUAAAUUACAAGUAUACCUCCAAUUAAAACAUCGUCAAUUUACCAACUGCGUGUGAACGGCCGUGUGUCUGGUCAGAACCUGAACGCAUCAGAGCCAGACUGUUGUCAAGAGAAACGCAGCUAACAUUUACCCCCCACACACACGGCUAACAGCAGUAAGUGGAGACAAGUUUGGAUAUAUAUUGGUCUCUUCGGCAGAAAGGAAGAUGUUUGGGUAUAUCUGGCAGUAUGUCUACACUUCCUUCCUGAGAUAUUGGCUGAAGUGGUUCAUCAGACAGGCGACAGGGACAUGUGAGCUGCAGCGAAUAUGCUCCGGAUACAAGCCUGGUGCAACAAGGACAACUAAAGCAGAAUAUUCUCUCCGCUCAUCAAAGAACAAGGUCUUAAGAGGAGCUUUGGAACCCAGCAAGGCAAAUUUAGAACAAUGUGUGGACCAAAUUAUGAAAGAGAAGAAUGUUAAACCCCAGAAAGAUCCGCAGUUCAAGGAAAGCCUACACAUCUGUCUGUUACAGAUUACAGGAAACAGCAGCCUGUACAUAUCUGUGGAAGACUUGAGAAAGGAAGUGUUCAGCUCAGAGAACCAAGAGCAUGAGGCCAUGCUGUUGAAGCUGUGGGACCUGCUGAUGCCGGCGGUCAAACUGGAGUCGAGGAUAACCAAACAGUGGGGAGACAUCGGAUUUCAGGGCGAUGAUCCAAAGACUGACUUCAGAGGAAUGGGCAUGCUAGGCCUUAAAAACCUUGUUUUUUUCAGUGAAAACUACACAGAAGAGGCUCGCCAGGUGUUGUCUCAUGCAAACCAUCCUAAACUAGGGUAUUCUUAUGCCAUUGUUGGGAUCAACUUGACGGAGAUGGCGUACAGCCUCCUGAAAAGCGGUGAAUUGAAACCUCAUUUCUACAACACAGUACCGGGCACACCUGAGCUCCAGCACUUUCAUCAGCUAUACUGUUAUCUGGCGUAUGAAUUUGAUAAAUUCUGGGUGGCAGAAGAACCAGAAAGCAUCAUGGAGUUCAAUCAGUACAGAGAGAAAUUCCACAACAUAGUGAAGACCCAUCUACAGGACCCUGAUGUAAACCUCACAUUGACUGUCUGCUCUAAAAACUAACUUGUUAAUCCAAAAUAAUUAUUUGGAAAUACUGCCUCACCUGUCCAUGGCCCCUGGCGAUAUUUAAAGGAGAUGAAGACAAAAAUCAGAUUAAAGCUGGUUGGUCUCACAAAAUAUUGAAGACAGUAUUCCGCAUUCCUUAUUUUUGGUUUCAUGGUUCAUUAGUCAUUCUUCUCAUCUUGGUACAGUACUAGUUAAGCGUUUUAAAAUAGAGCACAAAUCCAACCCCUUAUACCUCAAAAUGUCCAUUCCAGAGAUUAGUUUACAUUCAAAUGGGAAAUGUGAGUUUCUGCAGCAGACUGUAGAGAUAAUAGGGCUUUCUUUAUGAGGAUGUAAGCACUUUCAGUCAGCAAGCAGCCAAAUUAUUCCGGUAGACAGUUAAAGAAAUGGUGACUAACUCCCAUAUUUGUAGCUUUCUUAUUUGUAUUUAAUUAAACAACACCUCACAGUUGUCCUGCUCAGGAAUUGGAUUUUUAUGUCCUAAAUUUGUGCAUGUUUUAAUGUUGAUGGCAUCUGUAUUCUGUAAUAUAGGUAAACUCAAAAUGGUUGUUGCCUCCAUUUUCAAAUCUGCAUUUUUAUUCCCUGUAAUAAUAUUUUGCCGUGACUUUCUUUUGAGGAAAGUAUGUGAUAGUUAACACAUCUGACUCAAGGUUAAUAAAUACAUGUUAUGUUUUAAAAUGUG